AUGCUAACGCACAUCCCGUUCCCGGUGCUGCCUGCACCGCCGUCAUGGUUCCCGGGACACAUGCUCCAGUUUGCGCGCGCGCUGCCCGGGGUACUUGCACGCACCGAUGUAGUACUUGAGCUACGCGACGCGCGCCUCCCGCUCACGAGUAUCAACCGCAAUUUUGAAGGUGCGAUACAGAAAUGGCGCAAGGAACGAGGUCGAGUGGCCGCUGAGCUCCCCACCGAUGCUGCCGGACCGUCUACACUCGCGUUACAAAGGCCAGCCCCAAGCAGAGGUCUUGUAUGUGAGCGAAUAGUCGUAUUUAACAAGCGCGACCUCGUAGCCGAGUGGGGGAUUGAGCCGUUUCGCAGAGCCAUGGCGGUCAAAUAUCCCGACCAGAAAGUCUUCUUCGCCUCGUGGAACCGCCAGCGAGAUAUUAAGACUCUCAAUGACAUGCUAGUCGGCAUAGCCAAAAGCAAUCCACACAUCCCAGAAAUGAACGUGCUCGUAGUAGGCAUGCCAAACGUUGGGAAAUCUACACUGCUUAACGCGCUUAGGACCACUGGCAUCCCCGGGCCAACGUCCAAGGCCCUCCGCACGUCGUCCCAGCCCGGGCUCACACGCGCGCUCUCGAACCGCCUGAAGCUUUCACUCGACCCGCCCGUAUAUUCGUACGACUCCCCUGGUGUGAUGCUGCCGUUCCUAGGGAAUGGGGAUCCGGGUGCUGAACGCGGCGUCAAGCUCGCGCUGAUAGCCGGCAUCAAGGAAGGCCUAUAUGACAUCGAGGCACUCGCCGCGUAUCUGCUCUACCGGCUAAAUGUGCUCGACCCCGUGUCACCCGCAUACUUGCGCCUUCUCCCGCCGGGCACGUCGCCGCUCACGGACGUUUACGCUUUUCUAGAUGCACUGGCCACACGGCUGUGCAUGCUCCAACGCGGCGGUGUGCCAGACCAGGCGCGCGCCGCGGUGUGGCUAAUCAAUUGGUGGCGUAGCGAGGGCGGGCUCCUCGCGGCAGCAGCACCAGCGCCCGAGGUCGGCGCGCAUGCGCACCGUCGCGGGUGGGGCUUCGACCUGGAGUGGGAAGUCGGUGCGGGCGGGGCGGGCGUGCAGGACCCGACCGCCGUGCAAAAGAGGAUGGAGGAGUGCAUCGACCGGUUUGAGCGGUCCGCUGCGCAAGAGGAGCGCGCCGGCGGCGGAGUUAGCGCAACGCAGGAGAAGAAGCGGGUGCGGGAGGAGCUUCUGGCAAAGCGCGCGGCAAGGACGCGGGCGCGGCUCACAGCGCGCAGGGGCGGUAGUUAACAUCACUUGGAUGCAUUUUGCUUGAUGUAUUCCGCAUCGCGUCUUUUGAUAAAUGAUAAUAUCCACU